GGUUGUUCCGGUUGUGGAAAAUGUGACUGCAGUGGAGUAAAAGGGCAAAAGGGAGAAAGAGGCUUGCCGGGACUACAGGGUGUGAUUGGGUUUCCUGGAAUGCAAGGACCUGAAGGUCCCCCUGGGCCACCAGGGCUUAAGGGUGAUACUGGAGAACCAGGACUGCCAGGAACAAAGGGAACAAGAGGCCCCCCAGGAGCAUCAGGCUUUCCAGGAAACCCAGGUCUUCCUGGCAUUCCUAAAUCCUGGUCAAGAUGGCCCUCCUGGUCCACCUGGUAUUCCGGGAUGUAAUGGCACAAAGGGUGAAAGAGGUCCAGUAGGUCCCCCAGGGUUGCCAGGAUUGACUGGGAGCAUAGGACCUCCAGGACCUCCUGGAAUGAAGGGAGAUCCAGGUGAAGUGAUUGGUCUUUUACCUACUAGUGUGCUAAAAGGUGAUAAAGGCUUUCCUGGCCAACCUGGACUACCUGGUCCGCCUGGAGCUCCAGGGUUUCAGGGACCAAUGGGGCCACAAGGGCCUCCAGGAGAACCAGGUCCUCCAGGGCCACCAGGACUCCCAGGAGAGAAGGGCUACAUGGGCUUGGGCUUUCAGGGUCCCAAAGGUGAAAAGGGAGAACAAGGGGUAAGGGGCCCCCCAGGCCCACCAGGACCAGCACCACAUGUGAAAGAAAAAGGGACUGAAAUAAUAAGGGGAGAAAAGGGUGAGCCAGGUGAAAAGGGUGAACAGGGAGCCCCAGGAUUUCCAGGUUCAGGUUUCAAAGGAGAAAAAGGUGAACCUGGGAAGCCUGGUCCACGUGGAAAGCCUGGAAAAGAUGGUGAUCCAGGACCAAAAGGAGAACCCGGUUUGCCUGGUGGGUUUGGGAUUCCAGGACGACCUGGAGAGCCUGGUUUGAAGGGUGACAAAGGUGAACGAGGUUUUCCAGGACCUCCAGGAAGAGUUAUAGAUCCUGGACCAGUGGAUACCUUUGGUGAAAAAGGAGAGCCUGGAGUUUCGGGUUUGCCUGGACUGAAAGGUCAAAAAGGUGAAAAAGGUUUCCCUGGUAUACAAGGAAUCCCAGGACCUCCAGGCCGACCACUUCCAGACAGGGUAGGAUCACCUGGUGUCCCUGGAGAGAGAGGUGAAAAAGGUGAAAAGGGUUCUCCAGGAUUCUCUUUACCCGGACCCCCUGGAAGAGAUGGUUUCCCAGGUCCCCCGGGGUUGCCUGGCCCACCAGGUCCACCAGGAGUAACAGAUGGAAUUGAUCAGUGCCAGCAGGGAGAACCUGGUGCACCAGGUACUCCUGGACCUCCAGGAAGAGAUGGAUUUCCAGGAGAGAUGGGAGAGAAAGGUGACAAAGGUGAAUCCUGUGCCUUUUGUGAUGUGGGACCUCCUGGACUUCCAGGACCACAAGGGCCCCCAGGUCCAGCAGGUUUUCCAGGACAAUCAGGUUUCAAGGGUGAAAGAGGCUUACCUGGACUUGAUGGCCUUCCAGGGGUACCUGGCCCCCCCGGCACUCCAGGACUUAUGGGCAGCCCUGGGGCAAAAGGAGAACCAGGAGAUUUCUCUUAUCCUUCUAUCCUGAAAGGUGACAAAGGAGAUCCUGGUUUACCAGGACAACCAGGUACUCCUGGAAGAGAAGGAAGACCAGGAAAAGAUGGUUUGCCAGGUCUCCAGGGUCCGAAAGGAGCAGCGGGUACAGCUGGCUUGAAAGGAGAACGUGGUCCCCCUGGCCAACCCGGAUUCCCUGGAGUACGUGGUGAAAGAGGUCUUCCUGGCCCUCCUGGGAUAGGCACCGCAGGGUUACCUGGUGACAAAGGAGACAGAGGCUUUGCUGGAACCCCAGGUUUACCAGGCCUUCCAGGAGCAAAGGGUGAAGCAGGACGAACUGUACCACUCCCCGGACCUCCUGGGGCAGAUGGCCUUCCUGGGCCACCUGGUUUCCCUGGACCCCAAGGUGACAAAGGGAAUCCUGGGCUUCCAGGUAGACCUGGUCUGCCAGGAGAAAAAGGUGCUGUUGGGCAGCCAGGUAUAGGGUUCCCUGGACCUCCGGGACCCAAAGGUUUCCAAGGUCAGCCUGGCUCACCUGGUCUGCCGGGGACUCCAGGAACCCCUGGCCUGGAUGGUUUGCCAGGUGUACCGGGUUUACAAGGUCAAAAAGGUGAACCUGGUGUAGGCCUCCCUGGCCCUAAGGGAUUGCCAGGCCCCCCAGGCCCAGCUGGCAUCCCUGGAGAAAAGGGAAAUCCAGGACUGCCGGGUUUACGUGGCGAGCAAGGCUUUCCGGGCAUACCUGGACAGCAAGGGUUCAGAGGUGACCCCGGCCUCCCAGGACUGCAGGGCUUGCAGGGCCCUCCGGGCACUCCAGGGCCAGGCCCACAGGGGUUGCCAGGGCCCGCCGGGCAGCCGGGACCCCAGGGACCACCAGGAUUUCCUGGAAUAAAAGGAGAAAGGGGAUUCCCUGGUAUCCCUGGUCUAGAUAUGCCAGGACCAAAAGGGGAAAAAGGUAGCCAGGGCCAGCCCGGGGUACCAGGGUCUGUGGGGCUCCCCGGCCUGCCGGGUCCGCAGGGGGCUGUUGGACUGAAAGGAUCAGCAGGACCCAAAGGAGAAAUGGGAGUUAUGGGAACUCCUGGGUUGCCAGGAACUCCUGGACCAGUUGGAGAUCGAGGGUUUCCUGGUGAAAAAGGUAGCCCGGGUUUCAAAGGUGUAGUUGGACCACAAGGUGAUCCUGGUGUCAAAGGAGAUAAAGGUGAAGCUGGUCUCCCAGGAAAACCUGGAACAAUGGAUACCAUGGACAUGGUUAGUCUCAAAGGCCAAAAAGGAGAACAAGGAGAAAAAGGGGACCAUGGAGCAACAGGAGAAAAAGGGUUACGUGGGGAUUAUGGAGAACCAGGAAUUCCAGGAAAGGAUGGUGAACCUGGUACUCCAGGACAUCCAGGACCAAAAGGGGAUCAGGGCCCCCCAGGGUACCCAGGGGAUCCAGGAAUUCCAGGACAAAAAGGAUCGGUUGGUGAAAUGGGUUUGCCAGGAACACCUGGAGAAAAGGGUCUGCCGGGAGUACCAGGUUCACCAGGCACACCAGGGUUCCCUGGGCAAAAAGGUGAAAAAGGAGACAAAGGUGCACCAGGUUUUCCUGGAAUUGGCUUUCCAGGGGCUCCUGGUGAGAAGGGAGAACCAGGAAGAACGGGUAGUCCAGGUUCAUCUGGAGAUAAGGGUGAAAAGGGUAGUGCAGGAAUUCCUGGAAUGCCGGGUGCCCCAGGUCCCAAAGGAUCCCCUGGCAUGGCAGGAUUUCCAGGCAACCCCGGCCGCCAUGGAGAAAAGGGUGAAAAAGGACUUCCUGGCUUAAGUGGCAUUCCAGGUUUAAAAGGAGAACCAGGUGAACCUGGCGUUCCGGGUCCUGCUGGUGCCAUUGGACAGAAGGGUGAACCAGGUUAUGAUGGGAUUCCAGGUGCAGCUGGUGCAAAGGGUGAACAAGGUAUUCCAGGUAGAGGACUUCCAGGAUUUCCCGGUGCAAAGGGAGAUAAAGGUGCAAAAGGCGAAGUGGGUUUUCCAGGAUCACCAGGAAGUCCGGGGAUCCCAGGCCUGAAAGGAGAACCAGGAUAUGCUGGUCCACCGGGCCCUAAGGGCAGCCAAGGUCUUCCUGGACUACCAGGAAGUGCAAUUGAGGGCCCUAAAGGAGACAGAGGACCCCAAGGCCAACCUGGCCUUCCAGGUUUACCAGGUCCAACAGGGCCACCAGGACCCCCAGGUCUGAAAGGGGCCAAAGGAGAACAAGGAAGCAAUGGCUGGCCUGGGACUCCUGGGGGUCCAGGAGUCAAAGGUGAUCCAGGUUUCCAGGGACUGCCAGGUAGUCCGGGUUUACCAGGAGAUAUUGGUCAAAAGGGUGAUCUGGGACCUCCAGGAGUUCCAGGUGUUCCAGGUCCAAAAGGAUCUCCUGGCUUCCCAGGCCUUAAGGGUGAGCGAGGUGACCAAGGUCUUCCUGGAUCUAAAGGUUUACAGGGCCCACCAGGCCCACCAGGUGCUUUUCAGCUUGUUAAAGGAGAUCCUGGCUUACCUGGCCCUGUAGGACCAGUUGGUCUCAAAGGAUUCCCAGGACUUCCAGGUCCCAAAGGACAGCAAGGGGUGACAGGACCUUCAGGUAUACCUGGACCACCUGGUAGUCCAGGGUUUGAUGGUAAACCUGGGCAAAAAGGAGAAGUUGGUCCUUAUGGUCCUCCAGGGCCCAGAGGAUUCCCUGGUCCACCUGGCCCUGAAGGUUUGCCUGGGGCUAUGGGCCCACCAGGUGCACCGUCUGUUGCCCAUGGCUUCCUUGUUACCAGACACAGUCAAACCAUUGAAGAACCAUCAUGUCCGUCUGGAACAAGGCUGAUUUACCACGGCUACUCCUUGCUUUAUGUACAAGGCAAUGAAAGAGCACAUGGCCAAGAUCUGGGCACAGCAGGAAGCUGUCUUCGUAAAUUUAGUACCAUGCCUUUCUUAUUCUGCAAUAUCAACAAUGUAUGUAACUUUGCAUCAAGGAAUGACUAUUCCUACUGGCUAUCCACUCCUGAACCCAUGCCAAUGAAUAUGGCUCCUAUCACUGGUGAAAAUAUCAGACCAUUCAUCAGCAGAUGCUCUGUGUGUGAAGCUCCUGCUAUGGUAAUAGCCGUUCACAGUCAAACAAUUCAAAUACCACCGUGUCCUGAAGGCUGGAGUUCACUUUGGAUUGGUUACUCAUUUGUCAUGCACACCAGUGCUGGUGCGGAGGGCUCUGGCCAGGCCCUGGCGUCUCCUGGUUCCUGCCUAGAGGAGUUCCGCAGCGCUCCCUUCAUUGAAUGCCAUGGCCGGGGCACCUGCAAUUAUUAUGCAAACGCUUACAGCUUCUGGCUUGCCACUAUAGAGAGGAAUGAGAUGUUCAAGAAACCGACUCCCUCAACUUUGAAAGCAGGAGAUCUGCGCUCAAACGUUAGCCGUUGUCAAGUCUGUAUGAGACAAACAUAAUGACUUUUGAAUUUCAACUAAUUUCACACAAUAUGGUGCUAUUCGUUUAACAGCAAUGAAGCCUAGACAUAUAUCAUAUGUACCUCAUUGUUGUCCAAUAUGAAAACAGUAAAGUGCCUUUUAGGAACUUGCAUAACUAACACACACUGCUUUACUGGCCCUGUCCUUGCUGAAGAAGAAAAGAGACAACAAAGAUAAGCUUCAAAUGUUGACAUGCCAAAUGGCACUUUUGAUUGAAAUAUAUGUAUUUUUUAUAUAAAUGCAAUGCACUGAUAUAAUAAAAAGUCAGCAUUUAUCCAGAAAAAAUGCAAAGGUGCUAGGAGGUAUGCAGUUCUGCCUUAUACUGUUUGACCCCCCUUUCUCAUUCUUGUAUUAUAUAUUUAGAUUCAUUUUUCUUCCCCAGAUAAGUUUGUUGUUACCGUUAUCUAGGUGUCUCAAAAUCCCAGACUCUUGGGUAUGUACUUAUUGUUCCUGUACAAAGCAAUACUGAUGUAAAAAA